AUGUGGGUGGGGGGUGGUGUAGGUGGGGGGGUGGGUGGUGUGGGGGUGGGGGUGGUUGGUGGGUGUUGGGGGUGUUUGGGUGGUUUUGUUGUGGUUUGGGGGGGGGGUGGUUGUUUGGGGUGGGUGUUUGUGUUUGUUGUGUUGGGUUGGGGGUGGGGUUUGUGGUUGUGGGGGGUGGGUGUGUUGUGGUGGUGGGGGGGGGUUGUGUGUUUGGGGGGUGUUGGAGUGAAUGGGGGGUGUGUGUUUGGUGGGAGGGGGUGUGUAUGGUGGGUGGGUGGUGGGGGGUUUGGUUGUUGGUUGGGUUGUUUAAAGGGGGGUGGGGGGGGGUGGGGGUUGGGUUGGGGGGUUGGGUGGGGGUGUGUGUGUUUGGGGGUGGGGGGGGGGGGGGGGGGGGGGGGUGGGGGUUUGGUGUUGUUGUGUUGUAGUUGGGGUGGAUGUGGUGGGGGGGUGGGGGGGGGGGUGGGGGGGUGUGGUUGGGGGGGGGGGUGGGGGGGGGGGUGUGGGGGGGUUUGGGUGUGUGGGUGGGGGGUGGUGGGUAGGUGGGGGGUGGGGGGGGGGUUUGUUGGGGGGUGGUGGGGGGGUGUUUUUGUGUUGUGUGUGGUGUGGUUGGGGUGGUGUGUUUGUGGGGUGGGGGUGGGGGGGGGGUGGGGGGGUGGUGGUGUUGGUUUGUGGUUUUGUUUGUGUGGGUGUUUUUGGGUGUUUUGGGGGUGGUUUGAUGGGGUAGGUUGUGUAGAGGUAAUUUGGGGUGUGGUGUGGUGGGGUGGGGUAAUUGUGGGAUGGGGGGUGGGGUGUUGUGUGGAUGUUUUGGGGGGGGGGGGGGUGGGUGGGGUUGGGGGAGGGUUGUUUGAUGUGUGUUGGGGUUUUGUGGGGGGGGUAUGUGUGUAUGGUUUGUGGGGGGGGUGUGUUUCGGGGUGUGUGGGGGGUGGUUGUGGGUGGUGUGUGGUGUGUGGGUGGGGUUGGUGUGGGGUGGUUGUGGUUUGGGGGGUUAUGAGAGGUUGUGGUGGGGGGGGGAGGGUGGGGGUGGGUGGGGGUGUGUGGUGGGGGGGGGGGGGGUUGGGGGGGGGUUGGGGUGUGGGGUGGUGGAGGGGGGUGGGGGGGGGGGGGGGGGUUUGGGGGGGGGGGGGGUGUGGGGUGGUGGGGGGGUGGUGGGUUGGGGUGGUGGGGGGGGGUUGGGUGGUGGUGGGGGGGGGGGGUGGGGGGGGGGGGGUUGGGGGGGGGGUGGGUUGGGGGUGGUGUGGGUGUGGUUGGUGGGGGGGGGGUGGGGUGGGGGGUGGGGGGGGGGUGGGGGGGGUGGGGGGGGUGGGGGGGGGGGGGGGGGGGGGGGGGGGUGGGGGGUUGGGGGGGUGGGGGGGUGGUGGGGGGGGUUGGGGGGGGGGGGGGGGGGGGGGGGGGGGGGUGGGGGGGGGGUGGGGGGGGGUGUUGUGGUUUUGGGGGUGGGUGUGGGGGGGGUGGUGGGUGGGGGUGGGGGGGGGGGGGUGGGGUGGGGGGGUGGGGGGGGGGUGUGGGGUGGGGGGGGGGGGGGGGGGGGGGGGGGGGGGGGGGUGGGGGGGGGGGGGGGGGGGGGGGGGGGGGGGGGGGGGGGGGGGUGGGGGGGUGUGGGUGUGUGGGGUUUGGGGUGGGUGGGUUGGUGGAUGGUGUGGUGGGUGGUGGGGGUGUGGUGGUGGGGGGUGGUUUUUGUGUGGGGGUUAUGAGGGUGGGGUGUUUUGGUUAUGUGUGUGGUUGUGGAGGGUUUUAUUUGUUAGAUUUGAUUGUGUGGGGGUAUGGUGUGGAUUUGGUAUGGUUGGGGGGGUGGGAAGGUUGGGGGUUUGGGUUGGUUGGGUGGUUAAUUUUGGUUAUGUUUGUUGGGGUUGUGAUGGUUUGUGUGUUUGGUUGUGUUGGUUUUUUUUGUGGGGGGGGGGGUGGGGUGGGGUGGGGUUGGGUGGUGUGUGGGGGUGGGUGUGGGGGGGGGGGGGGGUGGGGUGGGGGGUGGUGGGUGUUGGGGUGGUGGGGGGGGUGUUGUGGGUAGGGUGUGGGUUUUGUGUUGGGGUUUGGGGUGGUGUGGUGGGGGUGGUUUGGGGUAUGUUUUGGUUGGUGGUGGGGGGGUUGUUGGGGGUGGGAGUGGUGUUGGUGGUGGUUGGGUUGGGGGGGUGUGGGGUAUGUUGGGUGGGGGGGGGGGGGGGUGGUUGGGGUGGUGUGGGAUGA